GUUUCCUGUGGUAACAAUACUAAAACCAAGAUGGCGGAGGUUAGGCCGGCCGCAGAUGAUUUCGAGUCGCUUGAACCAAGCAUCAAAAACAUCGUCGAGCAAGAUUCACUUAAAUGGAUAUUUGUAGGAGGCAAGGGGGGUGUUGGAAAGACAACAUGCAGCUGUAGCAUAGCUGUUCAACUGGCCUUAACAAGAAGAAGUGUGUUAAUCAUAUCAACAGAUCCAGCUCACAAUAUAUCUGAUGCAUUUGACCAAAAAUUCAGUAAAGUACCAACAUUGGUCAAAGGAUUUCAGAAUCUUUAUGCAAUGGAAAUUGACCCAAAUCUUGGAUUUUCAAAUCUACCCGAAGACUAUUUUGAGGGUCCUGACAUGAUGUCCAUGGGGAAAGCAAUGAUUUCUGAACUUCUUGGUGCAUUUCCUGGUAUUGACGAAGCUAUGAGCUUUGCUGAAGUAAUGAGGCUGGUAAACAGCAUGGAUUUCUCGACAGUAAUAUUUGACACAGCUCCAACAGGGCACACACUACGGCUGCUGUCCUUUCCAUCAGUAAUUGAAAAAUCCCUUGGGAAAAUUCUAAGUCUGAAGAAUAGCAUCAGUCCCUUUAUAAGCCAGUUUGGAUCAUUACUAGGAAUGCAGGACUUGAAUGCCGACCAGAUGACGAGCAAACUCGAGGAAACUCUUCCAGUCAUUAAGCAAGUCAGCGCGCAAUUUAAGAAUCCUGACCAUACCACUUUUGUCUGUGUUUGCAUUGCUGAGUUUCUCUCCCUGUACGAGACAGAGAGAUUGAUACAGGAACUCACAAAGUCUGAAAUCGACACUCACAACAUCAUUGUCAACCAGCUUGUUUUCCCCUCCAAAAGAGAAGGAACAGAAUGCAAUUUAUGUGAGGCUCGGUACAGGAUACAGCACAAAUAUCUUGAUCAGAUUCAAGACUUGUACGAAGACUUCCAUGUCACCCGUCUGCCGUUACUCACCCAUGAAGUCAGGGGAGUGGACAAAAUCCUUAACUUCUCCUCAAAUCUAGUGACACCUUACAAACCUUGAAUGCUGUGCUGGUUACCACUGACACCUUACAAACCUUGAACUCUGUGCUGGUUACCACUGACACCUUACAAACCUUGAACUCUGUGCUGGUUACCACUGACACCUUACAAACCUUGAACUCUGUGCUGGUUACCACUGACACCUUACAAACCUUGAACUCUGUGCUGGUUACCACUGACACCUUACAAACCUUGAACUCUGUGCUGGUUACCACUGACACCUUACAAACCUUGAACUCUGUGCUGGUUACCACUGACACCUUACGAACCUUGAAUGCUGUGCUGGUUAUUAAGACUAGAGGUGUCGCCACGGCGUGACGGGAGAGAAGGAAGCCUGUGGUUGAGAUUCGGGCGUUUCUCGAUUAUUUUAAAGAGGUUGUAGACGUUUGUUGUUUACAAAUGUUUCUACUCUGCGCAUUUUACGAUUAUCGUGAAGAAAUGAUGAAACGUAAUAUAUCCAUACGUCUUGCAGAAGCCUGAUUAAGAGGGGCAGAAUUGCAUUCGCAACUCGACUUUUAUGUGCACUGAAGCUCAAAAAACUGCGAAUAAAGUUAAAACAAUUUCCGAA